AUGCCGGUGAGUGCUCCGGCGAUGGCAAGUGCGCCAGCACAGCUUGAAGAAGGCUCGCAAGAAGUGGAGGAGACUGGCCAUGCCGACGUCCACGCACGGCCAGCGCCGCCUGCAGUGCCGCCUCCGCCUCCGCCAGGUGAGCUUUGCACUUCAUCUCCCAGGAGCCCACCGCCCGUUGACAUGGGAUGCCUCUCUGGAGGUACUGGAGGGACUCCAUUGGCAUGGGAACGAGAAGAAGCUCCUAAGGUGGCGUUGUGUCAAGCAGAGACCAAGGAGCCAGACACCUGGAGGUGCGAUGCUCCCUUGGACGAUGUAGGCAAACGCCUGGAAGCCAUGGUGGAGGAGCUGGCUGGGCCCUCCUCCUUUGAGCUGCUUGAGGACGCCUUUAGCAAGGUUGAUGCUGCCAGGGAAGCGUUGAGCCGUGUCGUGAUCGAGCCGGGCUUGAGAUUGCACCACACAGCCCCUGGGCACGAGGAGAUGAGCGCAGACUAA